UGAUGGUGGCCCUGCAAGAUGGCGGCCGCGGCCCAGCAGAGGUGGGAGUUUGUUGCAGCUGCGAGAGGUUAAAAGCAGAGGUUACGAUCGGCCUGUUUUUCCGGUGUAAACGUCACCUUGUAAAGCUUUAUAUUAAAGUUUAAAAGGUGUUGCUGUAUCUUUUUUUCAGGACAUUUUUUUAAAUGUCCUGGCGGGGAUGCCUGUGGAUUUCUGAAAGCUGCCAGCUUUUACCAUGGCUUUGAGGGAGCUGAAAGUUUGCCUGCUUGGGGACACGGGCGUUGGCAAAUCCAGCAUUGUUUGGAGGUUUGUAGAAGAUAGUUUUGACCCGAACAUCAAUCCCACAAUAGGGGCUUCCUUUAUGACAAAGACAGUACAGUAUCAAAGUGAGUUGCACAAGUUUCUGAUCUGGGACACAGCUGGCCAGGAGAGGUUCCGUGCGUUAGCUCCAAUGUAUUAUCGCGGAUCAGCUGCUGCAAUCAUUGUAUAUGAUAUCACAAAAGAGGAGACGUUGCAAACGUUGAAGAACUGGGUGAAGGAACUGCGACAACACGGACCUCCAAAUAUAGUGGUAGCAAUUGCAGGAAACAAAUGUGACCUUACUGACGCCAGGGAAGUACUUGAAAAGGAUGCCAAGGACUAUGCAGAUUCCAUCCAUGCAGUCUUUGUGGAAACUAGUGCCAAAAAUGCCAUUAACAUCAAUGAGCUGUUUGCAGAAAUUAGUCGUCGGAUUCCUUCAACAGCUGUCAACCCAGGAGCGAACAAUAAAGGAUUCAAGCUGAGGAGACAACCUUCUGACACAAGACGUAGCUGUUGCUGACCGUUCUCGGUGCUUGGACUGGCUCGGAGCAAGCACGUAAAAAGAUGGAUGGAUCCCUGUGAAACCAUCCCUCUUGCAUUCAGCCUUUCUGCUGUGCUGUGCUGUCCUCAAAGGAAGAAUAAUCACCGUUCUUAAAAUUAUUAUGCCACAUUCUUCCACAGGUGCUCCAAGCACUUUUUCAAUCGCUUGUGUUUCACUCCUCAAUAUGUCCAAGAGCAGGGAAACCAAUGAACCGGGGAAUGGUUUAAAUGAUGUCCAACGGCAGUCUGGUACAGAGGUACAAAACCAAACUUGGGUUUUUUCCAUUUCAUGUAAAUAGACCUCAAUUAAUUGCAUAAAAAAGGGAAAUUAUAAAACUGAA